UGGGUAAAGAAAUACCAUUUUCAGAAAUCUUUCGAAUUAAAAAAAUCUGGUGUUUCGUUCCUUGCUGGCUUGCUACAUUUCUUGCACUGGGUAGCAAGCAGCGCAAGAAAUACGAGGUGCAAGAAACUGGGAGAAAGUGCAAGAAAUGUAUGAAGUACAGCGGCGUGGCGAAGUUUCUUGCGCCUUGCAUUUCUUGCAGGUCAAAAUAUCCGAAGAAACCACUUUUUUCCCGUUAUUUCUUGCACGUGGUUACUUUCACCCGAAACACUGAAAAUCUAUUUAUUUUCAGUUGGUCGUGCUCUCGUACGCGAUCGGGAUUUCGAUUUACGAGGACGAAUAUGUCAUCGAGAAGAAUGACGAGUACAGGAAAACGACGGCGUUGGUCAAGACGCUGUGCUUCGUUUGCGCCGCGUACUCAUUUUUGGGCUGCAUUUUCGUCAAGUGUGACAUAUCUCAUUUGGGUUGUUUCCUACUGUACGUGGUUCCGCUCCUCUUCAUCAUCCCCGGCUUGAGCAUUUACGGGAUCGUGACCAACUUUCCGAACAAGAAAGACAACGGCUCCUUCUUCGUAAAUUCGACCGUUUUGCUCGAAAAUGUGAAAAAUGCUUGGCGAAUUAAAAGCAAAAGUCCGGGAUGGUUGACGAGAACGGAGGUCAACAAGGAGUGUUGCGGCAUUUACUCGUACAAGGACUACCAGCUUCUCUUUUACCCCCUGAAGCACACGACCCCCGUGAUGAUCAACUCCACUUCGGGGGACGGUCGAGUUCUGAAAGAGUUUCCCAUCUCCUGCUGCAGUUGGUACCAUGGGAAAGAAGUGGGAAACGAUGGCGUCCCUGGCGCCGCGACCAAGAAGAAGCUGGACAGCGCCCAGACGCACUGCAUCAUCGAACUGGGACGCAUCUCCACCACGCGCGCCGCAGCCAACUUGUCCGCCACGUACGUCGAGUAUGACUGGGAGACCAAGGUGUACAACAACUCGGGCGUGGAAGGCCCCAAUUUCCCCAUCUUCUUCAAUGAGGACAAGCGCCCCAUGGUCCAUACCAAUGGUUGCCUGACCGUGAUCGUGCAGCAGCACUUGAGUGCGGUCGAAGCGCACGAGAGCUUCUUCGUGAUCCUCAUCAUCGCCAGCGUGUUCAUGUUGAUGGUGUACGUGAAGAGUUGGUGUGACGGGCGGCACUUCAGCGGAAGCGGAUCCGAACACUCGCUCGACGUGGAGAACAUGUCCGUCAUCGAUAUCCCUCGCUUAUCUCAGGGGAAUUCUGGAGGGGGUGGAGACAGGCCGAGCAGCGGCGUCGUGGCCAGCGGCGUACGGCGCAUGUCCGCCGAGGCGAGGAGGAUGUCGGACGGACUCACCACUGGCAUCGUUGGGAUCACGCGGAACAGUUUCAGUCACGGUUCAGGAAAUCCUGGAUCACGUGGCAUCGGUGGAUCCGUUAUGGUCCCUCCAACCGCCGGCUUGAAGAAGGGUUUGCUACGAAAGUGAAUCUGGAACAACUUUCCCUUUUAAAUUUUAAAUUAUAUUUCAAUUAUGUAAAUGUGUCAAAAUAAAAUAAAUUUUCAUUCCGUACAUGCAUCUCGAAGGAAAUAAUGAUCAGUUUUAUUUUCAGAGUGAGCAAGAACCAAAUCAAAUCAUGACACCAAAAGUAACGCCGCAUCGACUAAAAUAAGUUAAAAUUGUAGCAAAGUGCGACAUUUACGACACCGUUUGUUUGAAACACCGGAAAUAUAAUUUGCAUAGGAUGAAAUCGUGUAACAAAAAUAGUUCAUAAGAACACAGGACAAGAAUUUGUGUGUAUUUUUAGCUCAUUAAGUUCAGGGGAGGGUGGAGAGAAACGUUUAGUCGACU